AUGCGUCGUGUCUGGCGCACUAUGAUUGCAGCAACCAGCUGGCACGCCAGGGGUCGAAUGCGAAUUAUAUAUGAGUCCCAUCUACAACUUCAGAGGGCACGGUCGGCGUCAUCUGCGCCACCAAAGGCUGCACCUGCUGCACCGGAACCACCAAGGACUGCACCUGCUGCACCGGAACCACCAAGGGCUGCACCUGCUGCACCAGAACCACCAAGGACUGCACCUGCUGCACCAGAACCACCAAAGGCUGCACCUGCUGCACCGGAACCACCAAGGACUGCACCUGCUGCACCGGAACCACCAAGGGCUGCACCUGCUGCACCGGAACCACCAAGGGCUGCACCUGCUGCACCGGAACCACCAAGGACCGCACCUGCUGCACCGGAACCACCAAGGACCGCACCUGCUGCACCAGAACCACCAAGGGCUGCACCUGCUGCACCAGAACCACCAAGGACUGCACCUGCUGCACCGGAACCACCAAGGACUGCACCUGCUGCACCAGAACCACCAAGGACUGCACCUGCUGCACCAGAACCACCAAGGGCUGCACCUGCUGCACCGGAACCACCAAGGGCUGCACCUGCUGCACCGGAACCACCAAGGGCUGCACCUGCUGCACCGGAACCACCAAGGGCUGCACCUGCUGCACCGGAACCACCAAGGGCUGCACCUGCUGCACCGGAACCACCAAGGACUGCACCUGCUGCACCGGAACCACCAAGGGCUGCACCUGCUGCACCGGAACCACCAAGGACUGCACCUGCUGCACCGGAACCACCAAGGGCUGCACCUGCUGCACCGGAACCACCAAGGGCUGCACCUGCUGCACCGGUACCACCAAGGACUGCACCUGCUGCACCGGAACCACCAAGGGCUGCACCUGCUGCACCGGAACCACCAAGGACUGCACCUGCUGCACCGGAACCACCAAAGGCUGCACCUGCUGCACCGGAACCACCAAGGGCUGCACCUGCUGCACCAGAACCACCAAGGGCUGCACCUGCUGCACCAGAACCACCAAGGGCUGCACCUGCUGCACCGGAACCACCAAGGGCUGCACCUGCUGCACCGGAACCACCAAGGACUGCACCUGCUGCACCGGAACCACCAAGGGCUGCACCUGCUGCACCGGAACCACCAAGGACUGCACCUGCUGCACCGGAACCACCAAGGGCUGCACCUGCUGCACCGGAACCACCAAGGACUGCACCUGCUGCACCGGAACCACCAAGGACUGCACCUGCUGCACCGGAACCACCAAGGACUGCACCUGCUGCACCGGUACCACCAAGGGCUGCACCUUCUGCACCAGAACCACCAAGGACUGCACCUGCUGCACCGGAACCACCAAGGGCUGCACCUGCUGCACCAGAACCACCAAGGGCUGCACCUGCUGCACCGGAACCACCAAGGACAGCAUCUUCUUCGUCGUUUGUCUCAGCGCGUAAGAAUGUUCGUUUGGGUACUGAGGAUAAUAAAAUACGUGGUUAUAGGAAGCGUGGCGGAGAACGUGAGGACCGUCAUCCGAGUAAGCGUGGUGAGUCCUUUCAAUUCAAGGGUAAACCCACCGGCUCUGGGGCAAAAGUGGGAAGUAAACGCCUUUCUCUUAAUGAUAUUAUUGAUGAUUUGGGAGAAAUAAAGGUGGUGUUUGCGCAGCGUGGGACCGAUAAGCCUUCUCACACUGCGUCUCCUCCCUCACCACCUAUUGCGCCUUCGGCACCAUUACCGCCAUCACCUACUCCAUCACUACCGCAACAGACAUUGCCCUCUUUCAGUGCACCCAUUCCAUCUACAGGUGGAACUGGCGAGAGUCUUUUUUCAGCUCCCGUCGGCACCUCACAGGAAGGUGAGGAUGAUAUUUUUUUCACCAUUGCACCACGGACGUCAGAGGAAGGUUUUCAGGGAAGGACGUGGCCCAAAAGCGUUGGCUUCUCAGUGGAUGAAGAAAUUGAAACUGCGCGUGCAACACGUCCACUUGUGCCUUCUCCUGAUGUUGCACAGGAAACAAAUGCGAAACUGAGGCUAAACGUUGUGAAUGAUGACGAACAGUCCAUGGCUGAUAUGGAGUUUGACAAGAAUAAGUUGAAUCCGCUACCUCAUAAGGAGGCUGCGGAGAUUGGGCGGCAUGAAAUUCCAGACGUUGUCAGUGAACGGGCGGACUUUACACAGCCAAUGCCAACGAAGGACAGUUCUAAAAAUAAUGAAAAAACAGAGCAUUCCACGACGACAGCUUCCUUGAAACCGAUGGAGGAAUCAUCAUCAUUUCCACUAAAUGAAACUGCAACUCCGUCACCAAGGAAUGCGGCAACAAAGAUGCCAGUGGAACGACCACCGUUGGCUCCAUGGAUGCCAAGCGUUAGGCCGGAGGAUGGAGAAGACGCGUCUUGCGCGAAAGUGUCUUUUAAGAACGAUGGGUCACCGGUAACAACCAUCCUGUUAGAGACCCAACCAACAAAUAUCAUGUCGCUUGUGAAGUUUUUGCAUCGGACAAUUACACUCAUUGAAAAUCAACACAUAGCUCCUGGUAAGAAGACGGAAGUACUGUUCACGACUUUCCCUACGCUAGGUUUCUUUAACGCCAAACAUGGCCCGUUGGAGUUGACGUCGGGUGAGCGUGUGGAGUUGCUUCGGGCCAAGGAAAGUCUUUUUGCACGCAUGGAAAAUGCUUCGAAACAAAUUCAUUUUGUUGCAAAUGUUCAUGGAGGUGCUAUUGAAGACUUUGGAGCGGAAUUGUUUUUGGCGUGUCAUCACCGUGUGUUGCUGGAUCCCGCCCAGGCAACUUUUGGGUUUCCAUCGAUUAAAGUAGGGGAUUUUCCUGCAGCAAGCACCGUGCGCCGGCUAAGCUGCUUUUUUGGUUCACAGCGCACUAUUGAGAUGGCACCGAGAUUCCAUGAAUACAGUGUGGAGAGCAUCAUGGAUGUUGGCCUUCUGGAAGGUCAUUCCUCCCCGCCUGCUCCCUCGUUUCUUCUCCGUCUUGAGUGCGCCAUGCUCGAGUUUCUUUCCAGAGCCACACAGAAAGAACUGCUGCUCCGCAAAUUGUUUUUCACCAGUGGCUUUGAUACAUCUGCAGUCCUGGUGAGUCCCAACCCACUGUUGAAAGCGUGGGGACGGUAUGCUAUGGCCGCCAUCGUGCAGGGGAAAUGUGCUACUAACAAUGAUGGCAAAGCAGUGCGUACACAGGAAAUGAGGUCUGAGAGUAUCUUUAGUGAGAUGUUAUACACCACUCCUGCGAUAAACGCAGCCAAUGUGUGCAGUUUAGGAUGUGAAAUGAAGCGCCGUGCUCUUCCCUCGUUGCCCAGUCGGCGCUUUGUAACAUUUCGUGGAGAGGAGAUGCAGCAGUGGGAUGAAAAAAUGAAAGCAUUGUCCUCCGCAAAGGAUGACUGCGCGGCAGUAUUACUGGACUGCUCACAGAGGUUUAUUAAUGCCACCGCACAGAUUGUAGCUUCCCACCAAGACAUUUUGGUGAAUGUCAAUGUGGUCCUUAUUGGCGAGGAGCACGUUGCUCGUCCUAUUAUCUCAACGCUACCAUGCAGCGUUGUUGUAUCAUGUGCCUCACCCUAUCGUGUUUCUGCUCUUGGACGACUGCAGGAAGUUCGUGUCUUUGCUCAGGAUAGCUGCUCAUCAGAGGCCUCUGAGACCGCCUUGAAUGCGGCGCUCACGUAUUUGCAGACUCAAGACAGCCCUUAUGUUGUGAGCCGUGGAUCUUCUUCUAAACGGCUUAUUGCGGCUUUAGCGACGGAGGCUUGUCGACUCACUCAGCACUGUGAUGUGGCGUGCAUUGAGCGCGUGGCUACGGAUGUGCUUGGCCUAUUCGUAGGACCUUUUCAUCUGAUUGACUACUUUGGCCCAGCAAUGGUUAUUCGAAUGCUGGAAGAGACAAACAACAUGAACACACAGGGCAAUCCAUUGCUGGUUGACUUGCUUCCUGCCAUUGCUCACCACGCACUUAAUGGCAUGCUUAACGAUGGAUACUUGGGUGUCGAUUCACGUCGUGGGGGCUUUUUCUCGUAUCGUGAGGACGGCACGGCAAUCGCACCGAACGCCGAGGUGUUACGCCGUUACUUUUCUCGCCCUUUGUCUGACACCGAGGUGGCGGAUCGACUGCUUGCGGUAGUGGUCAAUGAAUGUUGCGAGAUGAUAUUGUCCGGUUGUGUGCGGAGUGCCACGGACGCAAAUGUCUUGACGAUUGCCGCAAUCGGUUUUCGUGAGACGACUGGCGGCGCUCUUGCAUUGGCGGAUAAAGCCGGCAUUUCUGCACUUGUGCAGAAAAUGGAGGAACUGUCAAACUGGCACGGCCCACACUUGCGUCCCUCGUCACUGCUGAAAUGCAUGGCACAUUCCAAAGUGUCAUUUGCCUCAUUGUCUGAUGCAAUGAUCCAAUCCGCACGCAUGUGA